UACAGAUUUAGUGGAGAAAUCAAACGAAUCGAUGCCAGCGAUCGUUACGAUGAGAAACAUGUAUAAGUCGUGCAUGAAUUUGACCGCUAUCGAGAGCUACGGCGCAGAACCAUUACGGGAGGCGUUGACCUCAUUGGGCGGGUGGCCGGUGCUGGUGGGCGAGGACUGGGAUAACCGUACGUUUGACUGGAUUCAUGUGAGCAAACAGAUUAGGAAACUAGGGUUUAGGGCCGAUAUGUUCGUGCAGUUCAAAGUGAUCGCCGAUGUCCUCAAUAACACCAAAAAAUUAGAUGAGCCGACUCUGGGCCUGAGGCGUCAAAUCAUGACUCUGGGCCCCAAUAACUCCAUAGUCCAGGUGUAUCACCAGCUAAUGGUGGACACGGCUAUGCUUUUGGGCGCCGAUAAUAAGACACGAGUCAAGGAUGAGAUGUGGGAUGUGAUAGCACUGGAGGCACAGAUCGCACAGGCUACCCAUGACCCGGCUCAUGGAGAGAAGAAACAGUCGUGGUAUUUGCAUUUGAAAGCAUUCGCUGAUGUGGCCAAUCAAACGGAAGUCAUGGCCUCAAACCAGACCCGUAUGGGUCACGACUGGAUCCGAUUGGCCAACGCUAUCGUACAGUUGGACGAGAAUAUAACGGCCAGGGAGCUGGUUAUGGUGGACAACCUCUACUUUAUGGGACACAUCGAUCAUAUACUCAGUUAUGUGAACCAAAAUGAGAAGAGACUGUUGGCCAACUAUAUGCUGUGGAGGGUCGCCCUCCAGGCCCUGUCCACUGGCAGUAAAGAGAUGCGCGACAUGAGAGACAAUCUGCACCGACAUCUCUAUGGUAUCACUGAAAAGAUCGCCCGUUGGAAGACAUGUCUGUCCCAACUGACGGGUAGUCUUUCGAUGGCAUUAUCAUCGCUUUAUACCAAACACCACUUUAAUAGUACUCUCAAAGAAAAGGCGACAGAAAUGGUAAACUAUCUGAGAGUAGAAUUCAAUGAAAUACUUCAUAAAAACGAUUGGAUGGACAAAGAGACCAAAGAUAACGCCUUCAAAAAGUCUCAGAUGAUGUCCGCAGUGGUUGGAUACCCGGAUCAGUUGGCAAACGACACGCUCGUCAACGAACACUAUAGGACUCUAAACUUAACGGACAAUAACUUUGAUCUGAAUAUCCGUCGGUUAAGGAAUUGGGCCCAAAAACGGGAGUUCGAGAAAUUGCGGGAAAUUAAUGACCCCCAGGAUUGGCGCAAUUUUGCCAACUCUGCAAACGUGAACGCGUUUUACUGGUCUCAGGCCAACGCCAUUGUAAUACCGGCCGGAAUACUGAGGGAUGUAUUCUUCGACAACGACAGACCACAGUAUAUGAACUUCGGAACCAUUGGCUAUAUUAUUGGCCACGAAAUUACUCACGCCUUUGACAAUAUCGGCGCACAAUUCGACGAAAUAGGAAAUGCGAGAAAUUGGUGGAAAAAUGAGACGAGACUUCACUACAACUCGAAGGCUCAGUGUAUGGUUAAGCAGUACAGCGGCUAUGAGCUGACCAAUGGUCUGAAGAUCAAUGGCGACCUAACCCUCAAAGAGAAUAUCGCAGAUAACGGCGCCCUUAAGGAGGCCUACAAUGCCUAUGAGAAAUAUACGGACAAAUUUGGCCACGAAUUACAGCUCCCGGGCCUUAAAUAUACACCGAAACAGCUGUUUUGGAUCAGCGCUGCUAUGAACUGGUGCAGUAAGUCGUCGCCAGAGAUGUUUAAAACCCGAUUAGACACCGACACUCAUAGCCCAUCCCAGGCCAGAGUGAACGUCGCGUUAAGUAAUUUCAAGGAGUUUUCGCAGAGCUUUAACUGUAAGGCCGGAACUGAUAUGAAUCCCAACCCUAAGAAAAGGUGUACCGUUUGGUGAGUCCAGUGGACUGUGGGAUAGGGAUGAGAGCCGAAGUGGACGGACAUGUGAUACGAUAAGGAGCUAUAAAACCAGAGCACAACCACUACUAAAGCCAAUGCAUAGACGGCCAACACUUUUGAAUAUAAUUGUCAUUCAAUAUGAAUAUCUCUAUUCUUAUCAUUCAUACCAUACAAACAUAAC